ACGUCCAAAAAACCCUCUCCUAUGGGAACAAGAAAGACCCAAAAGACACAAACACACACCCAAACUCCAUCAAACAGAAAUAAAGCAAACCAAAAAAGCUUCUCUCUUUUUUCCUACAUUUGAUUUAAGCUCUAAAUGUUGAAAUGAUCUUUGAUUUGACAUUGUGAAGCUGAAAUAUAGCUGGUGGUAACCUUCAAAGACGACAAAGAAGGAAAAAGAUCAUCAUCUUCUAACUUUUGUUUUGGUUGCAGAAAAAAAUCAGUUGAAAAUGUAUGAGGAAAGUUCAUGUUUUGAUCCUAAUUCGAUGGUGGACAACAACGGCGGCUUCUGUGCGGCGGAAACAACUUUUACGGUAAGCCACCAGUUUCAACCACCGCUUGGAAGCACAACAAACAGCUUUGAUGACGAUCUUAAGCUCCCAACAAUGGAUGAGUUCUCUGUUUUCCCUUCUGUUAUCUCUCUCCCAAACUCAGAAACUCAGAACCAAAACAUCAGCAACAACAACCAUUUGAUCAACCAAAUGAUUCAAGAAUCGAAUUGGGGUGUUUCUGAAGACAACUCUAAUUUCUUCAUGAACACUUCACAUCCAAACACAACAACAACUCCAAUCCCUGAUCUUCUCAGCCUCUUGCAUUUGCCUAGAUGCUCUAUGUCAUUACCAAGCUCUGAUAUAAUGGCGGGUUCUUGCUUCACGUAUGACCCGCUCUUUCACUUAAACCUUCCUCCACAACCUCCAUUGAUCCCUUCUAAUGACUACUCAGGGUACUUGCUUGGUAUUGAUACCAAUACUACUACUCAAAGAGAUGAGUCUAAUGUUGGAGAUGAAAAUAACAAUGCUCAGUUUGAUAGCGGAAUCAUCGAGUUUAGCAAAGAGAUUAGGCGUAAAGGAAGAGGGAAGCGAAAGAACAAACCUUUUACUACAGAACGUGAGCGAAGAUGUCACUUGAAUGAGCGGUACGAGGCCUUGAAAUUGCUCAUUCCUAGCCCGAGUAAGGGAGAUAGAGCAUCAAUUCUUCAAGAUGGAAUCGAUUACAUCAACGAGUUACGCAGAAGAGUAAGUGAGCUUAAGUAUUUGGUAGAGAGGAAGAGAUGUGGUGGGAGACACAAGAACAAUGAAGUAGACGACAACAAUAACAACAAAAACUUGGAUGAUCAUGGUAAUGAAGAUGAUGAUGAUGAUGAUGAAAACAUGGAGAAGAAGCCGGAGAGCGAUGUAAUAGACCAAUGUUCAAGCAACAACUCGCUGAGAUGUUCAUGGCUGCAGAGGAAAUCAAAAGUAACAGAAGUUGAUGUUAGGAUUGUUGAUGAUGAAGUAACAAUCAAAGUUGUUCAGAAGAAGAAGAUCAAUUGUUUGUUACUUGUCUCCAAAGUACUUGAUCAGCUUCAGCUUGAUCUUCACCAUGUUGCCGGAGGACAGAUUGGUGAGCAUUACAGUUUCUUGUUCAACACCAAGAUAUAUGAAGGAUCAACAAUAUAUGCAAGUGCAAUAGCAAACAGAGUGAUUGAAGUUGUGGAUAAACACUACAUGGCUUCUCUUCCCAACAGUAACUAUUAAUUGUUAGGCUAACUUCAUCUAUUUUCUAACGUUUUUUAAUCCAUGUAAUUUUUACUCAUUUGCAAAACUAAAUAAAAACUCAUUUUGGAUGAUUUGGAUGUUUAGUUUCUAACAAGAUAUGUAUGAUUUGGAUCCCUC